UCAUUAGGGUAUAUUAUCACUGAAAUUUCAAAUUUCAAUGCAAUUACGUUCAGACCAAAAAGUACUGUGUGGUUGGUUCAGACGUUCACAAUCAGUCAUAAUUUACGAUGAAUGAGUAGUCACAGCUCUUAUCUUAUCAUUUGUCUAUUUGAGAAAUAUAAUUAGUUGUAUGGCCGGCCGUGAACAGACAUUAGUUUCAUAAUUUGAUUCAGUCUCCAGCCUCGCCGCGGUCUGUGUCGCACGUCUGCUUGAGAGAAGUUCUAUUUUAUUGAUUAGUUUAGUGAAUAUUCUCAAGGACCAUGUCUUCUGAUACCCCAAGAGUAUUAUCUAUCCAAAGCCAUGUAGUGCAUGGCUAUGUUGGAAACAAAAGCGCAGUUUUCCCACUACAGGUAUUGGGUUUUGAAGUUGAUUCUAUAAAUACAGUCCAAUUUUCAACACAUACAGGCUACAAACAUAUAAAAGGGACAAGUUUAAAAAAUGAAGAGUUAGACGAACUUAUUGAUGGGUUGACUAUGAACGAUGUGGACUAUUACACCCAUUUCCUAACGGGAUACUCAAGAUCACCUGAUUCAUUGAAAAAAAUUGUGGAAAUUCUGAAAAAGUUAAAGGAAAAGAACCCUAAUUUAAAUUAUGUAUGUGAUCCUGUUAUGGGUGACAAUGGAAGAAUGUAUGUCCCCGAAGAUAUUCUGCCGGUAUACCGCGACGUUGUCGUUCCACUAGCUGACGUCAUCACACCAAACCAGUUUGAGGCAGAACUUAUCACUGGACUAAAGAUGAACAGCCUAGAAGAUGCUUUGAAAAUAAUUGAAGCCCUACACAAGAAGGGACCAAAAACUGUUGUUCUGUCAAGCACAGAACUUGGAGACGAAACCUAUAUGAUUGCGAUUGCUAGCACUGGGGGAGUGCAGUAUCAGAUCAAUAUUCCGAAGUUGGACGACGCAUUCACGGGGACUGGUGAUUUAUUUGCGUCACUGUUCCUGGCAUGGUGGCACAAGACCAACAACGACUUAAAACUGACCCUCGAAAACACGAUAUCCACAUUACAGAUCAUUGUCAAGGACACUUAUGAGAAGGCUAGAGUUCAUCAACCUACGGGUAAGAUUUCGCCGAAACUGAGAGAGCUACGCAUCAUUCAGAACAAGAACUUUAUUGAAAACCCCAAGGUUACUAUUGUAGCAACAAAGCUAAGUAGUUAAAUAUAUCUUAGUAUUCUUUUUAGUUAAAACGGGAUGCAUUAGCUAUGUGCUAUAAAUGUUUGUAUUUUAGCUACAAGAUUACGGUACCUGCGCUCUAAAGAGGUUGAGAAAUUGAGAAAUAAAUAAUUAAUAUUAACAAAUAUUUUAAUAAAUCAUACUCAAAAAUAAAGCAAUAUUAUUACAGUCAUAGAAUGAUCUUUAUUGCAAGUUUUUAUUUUUAUUUAACUUGCUAUGUAUGUAGGUACCUAUAUACCUUAUGUACCUAUACCUAGGUAUGUAUUAUUGUUGUAACAUUUUGCAACACAAUUUGAAAGCAAAUAUCUUCAAGUAAUAAUAAUUCAGCUGCACUGUUGUAGGUAGCGUUGCCAGGCGUCCGGAUAAAGCCGGACAUAGGUAGGCUUUUUGUUUCUAGUCCGGCCAAAAUAAACGGUGUCCGGCCUGUCCGGCUUUUGUUAGGCUUUUUACCUAAACUUUUCACAAUCGCAAACGAAACACCAAACAUGGCUGGAGUAAAGCAAAGACUUAGACUUUUUAUUAUUUCAUAAGAAUUCAACAAGAUUUAUGACUUUAUGACAAUAAUCAAAAUGCUUGAUUUACAUUAAAUCUUGUCGUACCUAUUAAUACUGAGAUAAAAAAUCCUUAAGAAUGUAGUGUGUCCGGCCUUUUUAGCUAAAUGUCCGGCUAAACGGGCUGGUCUGUCCGGCUAUAAGGCCUAACGACCUGGCAACCCUAGUUGUAGGUAUACCUUUAGUUUACAUGACCAUAAACGCUAAACUGUUUGUUUUUACUCUAAAUACAUUUAAAAAUGUCUCUUUAGGUGUUUAGUACCGGGACUUAUUGAACAACCUGAUAAAACACGGUUUUUAAAAGAUUUUUUAAUUUUUUGAUACAUUUCGUAGAGCUAUUUACUAAAUAUUAUAUGUACUUAUUUUAAAGACAAUAAUUUAGAAUAGUAACUUAUAUCAAAUGAAAGUUCAAAGCAUAGAAUUAAGAAUGAAUAAUGUUAUUCUUGUGAAUGUCUAUACAUAUUAGUAUCUACACGUUAUGUACUUAUAGUGAAUGCUAUUGCUGUUAAACUCAACUUUGCAAAGACUGUUUAGAGGUUAGGCCGUUCAGUAAGUAAGCUUUUUAAAUCAGGAAAAAUUAUAUUAUAGACACAACUUCACACGAAUGAUAAUUCCUAUAUCUAAAAACAUGUUUUUGAACAAAAAAUAAACACUUACUUAAAAAAAAAUGCGGUAGUUUCUAACUUUGACUAGUUUCUUCCGUACUUUUGUCCAAAUGUCAAAAACAAUACUCCUCUAUGAAAUUUGUAUGAAACGGCAAAUUAUGACGUCUCAGUAUUUAUGCUUCAAAUAGCUUACGUUUUUGAGAUUCGAAUUCAGUGUAUCGACAGAUCGAUGAAUAAAAGUAUACCUAAUUAUUUUUCAUUAUUUGAUUGUACUGAAACGACGAAUUAAUUUAUUUUUGACCUAGGAAACUACCCAAUUAGAUAAGUGUCAAUGACAAAAUACUUUUGUGACGAACAAGGUCAUACCUAAUAGAUUUUCGACGAGUAAUACCUAAUACUGACCGGUCUGUAUCGCAAUCUAAUGACGAUAUUAUGGCAAACAGCAAAUAGAAAUUACGUUCCAUAUUCAAAUUUUCUGGAGAUAGUGGCUUUAAAUAUUAUUGGAUUUU